AAAGUAGAAAGAAAAUUAAUAUAGCUGCUUAUUCUUCAAGAGUCACCCAAAUCAUUGAGUUGAACUGUGAGAAAAGACAAUUAGGGAAGGGGGUUCUUCAGAGACCAAGUUUAUAAUAAUUCGUAAUAAACAGCUAAACUGAUAGGCAUAUAAGAAAGAAGUACAAACAUGGAAUAUAAACAUAUGCAUUGCAAGAACUUCAAAGAAAAAAGAGGAAGGUGAACAUUACUGCUCAUUAAGGGGACAAAAUGACAAUGAAGAGGAAAUUAUAGUUGUUUUACUCAUACUAAUGCUAACAUUUAUACUAGCACUAUUAAUGGUACUGUUGCCUAUUAAAUAGCAACUAUGGCAAACAAUCGGAAUUAAAAUAAUACCGCCCACGCCAUAGCCAGGAACCCUCGCCGAGGCGGGUAGUGUGGCUCUGAUGAUGGCUGCGUGUGGGCGUGCGGUGGCGCUGGUGCUGCUGGCGGCGGGCGCGUCGGCUGCCCGAGGGAGAGACACGCCGACGGAGCCGCUCCUGGCCGCGCUGAUAAGACUGCAGGCAGCUCUCGACGACAUCCCCAGCUGCGAAUUCAAGACGAAGGAUCUCUGGACGGACAUCGAGAAGCGACAGCAGAGGCUGGAGAAGCUGCAGGAAGGAAUUUUCCAGAAGAUGAAUGACAUCGCCCGCAUCGAAAUGGAGUAUCCCUCGGCCACAGAGUGCCAGGAUCCCUUCCAGUGGGUGUCUGGCGGCUGCUACUACCACUCGGGCAACGAGAGGGCCACGUGGGGGGAGGCACGCUUUGCCUGUGGGCGGAUGGGCGCCGACCUCGCCCACCCGGGAGAUAACUGGUCCUUGAAAGACUACACGACGCAAAUCUCCUCGUCAGGCUACGGCUACUUCUUCAUCGGCGGGCGUGCGGACAACAGCUCCGGCUUCCGCGACUGGCACUGGGUGGACGGGCGGCCGGUGUCCAUCGAGCACCGCAUGUACUCGCAGCCCCCGGGCCUCGGCGAGUGCCUGGUCAUCGACGGGGCUGGCACUCACAGCAUGAAGGCCAAGAGCUGCGACGCGUACAAGCGAUGGUACAUUUGCGAGUUGAAAGUGAGGUCGUGAGGGGAAACGGCCGGAGGGAUGAGGAAGUAAAGCUGAUUCAGUUGGGAGUAAAAUGGUGCAUGUUUUUGAGGAGCUUUUCGUUUUGAGAUGAUGCUAUCUCGUGUAGAUUAUAUGGCGUGCUCUAUAAUGUUUAAGCGCUUAUGCACAGGCUGAACGAGUGUCUGAAAGAAACCUUAAUUUCCAUUAAGGACAAGAAUUUAUAUGCUUGAGAAACUCCACUAAUUUCAUAAUAAAAUAACAAUCCAUAUG